AUGCAGUUGCCAAAGUAUAUUGCGGCUUUAUUUUGCUUUCUGAUAUGCUCUUCCAUUUACUAUGACAGUGCAGAGGCACAUCAAGUCACAUUCUAUGUGCACAAUAAGUGCCCGUUUCCAAUAUGGCCAGCAACUGCACCAAACAGUGGCCAACCAGUGAUAGCAGAUGGAGGAUUCUACCUUGCUCCAGGUCAAACUCAACCUGUGAUAGCACCAUGGACAUGGAAUGGUAGAAUUUGGGCAAGAACAGGUUGCAAUUUUGGAUCAAAUUGGAAACCAGCUUGUGAAACUGGGGACUGUGAUGGAAGACUAGCAUGCAAUGGACUCAUAGGCACUCCCCCAGCCACGCUAGUUGAAGUUUCACUUCAAGGAGGAAAGACAAAUUACUAUGAUGUUAGCCUUGUUGAUGGAUACAACAUCCCUGUGUCUAUAACUCCCAAGAUCACAAACCCCAAGUGCAACAUUCAAGGGUGCUUGAAGGAUCUUAAAGGCUGGUGCCCUACUGAACUAGAGGUUCUGAAUUCCAAGGGAGAAGUUGUGGCAUGCAGAAGUGCUUGUUUGGCCUUUGAUGAUGACAAGUUUUGUUGCAGGAAUGCAUAUGGGAGUCCAGGGAAGUGCAAACCAAGUGUGUACUCAAAGAUAUUUAAGGAUGUUUGUCCUAAUUAUUUUAGCUAUGCUUUUGACUUACCUACCCCAUUGGUGAGUUGUGCAUCCUCAGAGUAUGUAAUAACAUUUUGUCCUUAUGGAUGGGGAGGUGCUGGUGAGCACAAAUCUGAGUAG